GAGUCGGUCCUCCCGAGACAGAGAAGCCGGAAGUCCUCUUCGGAGAGCUGCGCGGCUGUUGGGUGGCGGAGCUGGGGCGGUGCGAAUAGCGUUCCCCCGCGGCUUGGCGCUGUUGUAGCGGUCGCGUGAGGGGAUCCGGGGUUCUGGGCGGUUACAAUGGCAUCUCGGGCAGGCCCGCGUGCGGCCGGCACCGACGGCAGCGACUUUCAGCACCGGGAGCGCGUCGCCAUGCACUACCAGAUGAGCGUGACCCUCAAGUAUGAAAUCAAGAAGCUGAUCUACAUACAUCUGGUCAUAUGGCUGCUGCUGGUUGCCAAGAUGAGCGUGGGACACCUGAGGCUCCUGUCACAUGAUCAGGUGGCCAUGCCCUAUCAGUGGGAGUACCCGUAUUUGCUGAGCAUUUUGCCCUCUCUCUUGGGCCUUCUGUCAUUCCCCCGCAACAACAUCAGCUACCUGGUGCUUUCCAUGAUCAGCAUGGGGCUCUUUUCCAUUGCUCCUCUCAUUUAUGGCAGCAUGGAGAUGUUCCCUGCUGCACAGCAGCUCUACCGCCAUGGCAAGGCCUACCGCUUCCUUUUUGGAUUUUCUGCUGUCUCCGUCAUGUACCUGGUAUUGGUGCUGGCAGUCCAAGUGCAUGCCUGGCAAUUAUACUACAGCAAGAAGCUCCUAGACUCUUGGUUCACCAGCACACAGGAGAAGAAGCGUAAAUGAAGCCUGCCUGAUGGACCGCUCUGUGGGGUGAAGCCUGGGCCUCCCACUGAACGAAGGGACAGGGAUAGACGAGCUGUUCUAAAAUCUCUUCUGGUGAUUUUAGCAGCUGUGAUGCUGACCAGGCCAGAGUUCUGGAAAGCCCCUCGUGUUGCCAUCUGCUGAGGUGGCAAAACUAUAUUUAAUAUAUUCCUGGUCGGUUAGAACUGGAUGACCAACAGCUGUGAAACAAACUUCAAUUGGUUGAAAUUAAGGCCCUUUGGGGUUUUUCUUUAAGCCUGAGCCCCAUCCUUGCCUCCUCUUUGUCAUUCUCCCUACUUCCAUCCAUCACCCCUUAGCCAUUGAGACUGAAGGAAACAGAAUAAAUCAAAUUCUAUUUCAAUCUCUAGGUCAUGGGUCAACAAACAUUUGGAAAGCUGUUUCCCCUGCAGGCUGUGGUCUCUUCUGCAGAGCAUUUUAAUUGAAAAGAACCUCAA